AUUGCUUCUCGAUGCCCUCAUCCGGCCAUCGAUGCUCCAUCCACUCGUACGCCUUGUCUGUCCAUCUAUCUUGUAGACGUUACAGCGUUCUCUUCUGCUGGCAGACCAUGUUGCGAUAAAGAUUCGUCCGUGAUUGAACGCCUAGGUGGAUGGAAUUCAUGGAAGAGAUGACGGGGGCUCAUAUCCGCCAUGACGACCAACAACACGGCCACAUUGGCUCGUAAUGAGCUUUUCAAGCAGCUCAAACCAUGUUGCGUGCCUCUCAGCCAGAUAGCUAUCCGCCCCCCUGACGGCGCCCCAGCUGUCCGCAAUCUCACAGAGCUAGUCGAGGACCUUAGCGGCAUCAUCAACCGCCAGGUCAAUCGUGAUCCGUCUGCUUUUGACGAUAAACUCGCAGAUUACGUCUUCUUUCCCCUAUCUCAUGUAUUCCGCAAUCAGAACUACUAUCCCGCCCGCACCAUCGAAGUUGCUCUCCGUGGCCUCACCACCCUCAUCGUCCAUGGAUGGAAAUCCAAGAUAGCGCCCCAAAUUGUGGAACAACUCCUCAUUCUACUCACUUUCAUCGUUGGGGGCGUCCCGGGACAGGAGUCCAAGCAUGGUGUCUCAGAAGAGACCUCACUCGAGGCUCUGAGAGCGCUGACUGCCCUCAUCACUGCGGCUGGUUCCUCAGCCGCCGCCGCCGCUUCUCUGGUCGAGACGAAGACCAUUCCUGCCCUGGGGCACACUGUCACCGUUGUACUCCAGAGUGUCGUUGAUGGGAAAGCACCCGACGUUCAAGCGGAAGCGCUCAGAGCUUUGCAGUCUAUCUUCACAUGCAUCAAGGACCAUGCUGCGCUUGCUAGUUUCCUUCCAGGCGUCGUUUCCUCGCUAACCAGAUUACUCUCCACCCCGGCUCGCGAGAAGACCCGCGUCCUCGUGGCGGCCAUAUCUGCCCUGAAGGUGGUCCUCGUUUCCGUGCUUUCCGAUCUGAGAACAAGAUCCAUCUCAGCCAAAACACAAACUCCGGAGCAGAACCCCGACGGUACAGAUGACGCGAGUCAGAACGUAUUGAGCCCUGCCUGGCUCAAAGCCACUGUAUCCCAAAUAAAACUGGCCUUGGCGACCGUGUUGAAGCUUCGUGCCAGCAAGUCGCAAAGCGUACGGGAUGCAUUGGGGAACCUGUGCCUGACAUUGCUCGACGAGUGUCAUACGACCCUGGAAAACUGCGCUCCCAUCCUAGUCGAAUCGGCCAUCAUCCUGGAACCCGAGGACGGUGCCUCUUCCACCAUGAUGGCGACUAGCCUUCAGGAUCUUGCCACCAUCUAUCCGGAACUCGGAGAAAGCGCCAAAGUCACCGUCUACAGCUGGAUCACCAGCCUCCCUCGCAUCAUGCAGUCUGCGGAUGAAUCGCACAAGCAGACCGCCAUUCGCAACCUUUUAAAGGGUACCGAACUGGUGACACGGCUGCAACUCGACUCUUCGACACUGAACGACGCCGUCUCAUUAGCCUUGAGAGACAGUAUCUCUUUUAUGGUGGCCGAUGGUAGCAAGCAGGCCAUAUCGCCAGUAUUAUCCGAAGACGACGCUCUGUCUAGUAGACAGCUGGCUAGCCCAGGCGGCCUUGCGGCGAACUAUCAGCUCGUCGUCAUGAGCCAGGAGGGGCAACUCAAGACGAGGUCAGAAAUGCUGAACCUAAUAGCCAAGAUCGGAUCCGCUUCCCAACAGGUCAAGUUUGGACUUGAGAUGCUAGACUACACCCGUGAGCUCACGGGGCCGUCGCAGGUCGCAUCGUAUUGGCUUUCUUUUGAACUAGUCAAGGCAGCUUUUUCAAGGUCCAGCGAUGUCGACGACUUUCUGGAUCUAUCGUCCGUGGCAACUACGUCCGACGAUCCGGAAACCGCACUCCAAGAAGUUUACACCUUCGCUGUGUCGCUGCUAGAUUCACAGGACGAGUCGACCGAAAUCGACUGGAGACUCGAGGCCAUUGCCCUUGAGGUCACUGCCUACGCCGCCUCUCGUUCGGGGGAAGCAUUCAGACCAGAGCUCAUCGACGUCUUGUACCCCGUCACGACUUUCCUGGGCUCCCCUCAUCCCAGGUUACGAGAACACGCUAUCACGACGUUGAACAUUGUCGCGGCCUCUUGUGGAUACACCAGCGUCUCGGAGCUCAUCAUCGAGAACGUCGAUUACAUGGUAAACUCCGUCUCCCUCCGAAUGAACACCCUCGAUAUCACUCCGGCGUCGACCAAGGUCCUCACAAUGAUGACAAGACUCACUGGUUCUCGUCUUAUCCCGUACCUGGACGACGUUGUAGCGUCCAUCUUUGCCGCCCUUGAUAACUAUCACGGAUACCCUGUCUUCGUGGAGAGCCUCUUUGCCGCCCUCAAGGAGAUUGUUGAGCAAGGCGCUAAGUCGGACAGAUUGCUUCUCCAGGGCCGUGAAAAUGGCCCGUCCACGCAUAAAAAACAUCGUCCGCAACCAGUGACGAUAGACGAUUUGGUGGACCUUUUGGACAGACGUGAAGAGCGACGAAAGCAGAGAGAAGAGGAGGAUGUCACAGCCGAGGCCGAGGCCAAGGGCCUGCAAGCCCACCCUCAACGCCCCUGGGGUCCAGGGAAGAACAAGCCAAAAGGAACAUUCAUAGAAGAGAUGGAACGGACCGAAGGAGAAGCCGAAGAGGAGACCCGAGGGGACAUGGACAUCGAAAAAGAGAAACCACCCAAAACACCAACGUAUACCCUGCUGGAGAAAGUCGCCUACCUGACACAACACUACCUCACCUCCCCUGCCCCGACGCUCCGCAAAUCGCUCCUGGACCUCCUCACCACCGUCUCCCCCGCCCUGUCUCCCGACGAAGACGCCUUCCUCCCCCUCAUCAACGCCGUCUGGCCCGUCGUCGUCGCGCGCCUGUACGACGGGGAACCCUUCGUCGUCCUCGCGGCCUGCGACACUUUGGGCAUGCUAUGCCGUACGGCGGGGGACUUCCUGGCUUCGCGCAUCAAGACAGAGUGGUGGGACGCCCUCGGGAAAUGGUGCCGGGAGAAGAAACAAGCUGCGGUGCAAGCCAAGACGCGGAACAACCGGAUCACAGCCCCGCGGAGCACAGCGGGGGAUACCAUCCUGGUCCCCUCUCGCGCGGGAGGUACCGUCGCAAUGACGCCGUUGUCCUCCUCAUCACCAUCCUCAUCGGCGGUAGGCGCGGGGACGGUAAUGAACCGAGAGGCUGGCGGUGGGCUGGGGAAGUUCGCGUCCGCAGCGCAGAUCUGGGAGGCCACCGUGCGGCUCCUCGUAGCCAUCGUUUCCCAUGUCCGCAUCGAGGCUGAGAUGUUCGACGAGGUGCUCGGGCUCCUGGCGGAUCGGCUGGAACGGGAUCCCGAGGUGCGCGAGGCGCUCGAGACCAUCAAUCCCGAUGCUGUGUGGUUCGCAUUGUACGAGCUGGGCGUUAUCGACCCUCUGCCGACGCCAGUCAUGGAAGGGGUCGAGUUUCCGCCUAUGAAGAAGAGAGUCGGGUUGUAACGGGACUGGUACGCGAUAGGGGCUUGUUGGCCGCUUCAAAGCCGGGGGUGGCUCAAGAGUCUGUAACUGUAUCAUGAAUACGGGAGACGAGAAAUCCAGUGUAAGUACCACAGAUCAAUAAUAACACUCUCUUGAUGUUUAUAUGUGAUUUUGUGUGUAUUGUAUGUAUGCGUAUGUAUUGGCC